AUGAAGAUCAAAGCCCUCAGUCGCUCGCUGGCCAGCCACCAACCUGCCGGCUCCGACGCCGCCAAGGUCCCCCGCAACCUCGACUCUGCCCUGCACCCGUUCGAGCGGGCUCGAGAGUAUCAGCGGGCCCUCAAUGCCGUCAAGCUGGAACGGAUGCACGCCAAACCCUUCAUCGGCCAGCUGGGCAGGGGCCACGUCGACGGGGUCUACUCCCUCGCCAAGGACCCCAACUCCCUCGAGCGAUUCGCCAGCGGGAGCGGCGACGGCGUCGUCAAAGUCUGGGACCUGACGGACCGCGACGACUCCAUCUGGAACACGACCGCCCACGAGAACAUCGUCAAGGGCAUGGAAUGGACCAGAGACCAGAAGCUGCUGACCUGCGCGGCGGACCGAACCGUCAAGCUGUUCGACCCGUACAACACCCAGCCCGAAGCGGCGCCCAUUUCCUCGUGGCUCGGAGCCGGCGCAUUCACUAGCUUGUCGCAUCACAGGUCGAGAAACGCCUUUGCCGCGGCCUCGAGCGUCAUCUCCAUCUACGACCUCGAGCGGCACACAGCAGCCCCCGAGGUCCUGAAAUGGCCCACCUCGGUCGACACCAUCACCAACGUCGCUUUCAACUACGUCGAGACCUCUGUCCUGGCGUCCUGCUCCAACGACCGGUCCAUCGUUGUCUACGACUUGCGCACCUCCACCCCCGUGACCAAGACCGUCCUCCACUUCGCCUGCAACCGCAUCGCGUGGUCGCCCAUGGAAGCCUUCAACUUCGCCGCCGCUUCCGAAGACCACAACGUCUACCUCUUCGACAUGCGCAAGAUGGAUCGCGCCCUCAACGUUCUCAAAGACCACGUGGCCGCCGUCAUGGACGUGGAGUUUUCCCCCACCGGCGAGGAGCUCGUCUCUGCCUCGUGGGACCGCACCGUCCGCCUGUGGAGCCGCGACAGAGGGCACUCGAGGGACAUCUACCACACCAAGAGGAUGCAGCGCGUCAUGGCGGCCAGGUGGACCCCCGACGCCAGGUACAUCCUCUCGGGCUCAGACGACGGCAACAUUCGCGUCUGGAGAGCAAACGCCGCCAAGAGCGAAGGCAUCAAGUCUUCCCGGCAGCGACAGGCCCUCGAAUAUAACGAGGCCUUGAUAAAACGGUACGGUCACAUGCCCGAGAUUCGGCGCAUCAAGCGACACAGGCAUAUCCCCAAGGUCCUCAAGAAAGCCGGGGAGAUCAAGACCCAGGAGCUCAAAUCGAUCAAGAGGAAAGAGGAGAACGAGCGGAGACAUACCAAGAAACAGUUUGAGAAGAGAAGGAGCGAGAGAGAGAAAAUGGUUCUGGCCAAGGAGAAGUAG